GUCGUGGAGGAGAGGCUCGACGGCGACCAGGGCCUCGACCAGCCUGUGGCGUCGGCGGAGCGGGAGUUGCCACGCUUCAAGCACCUCUUCGAGGGGGGCGGGCUGUUCCCGGCGGGCAUCUUCGAGGCCGCGCUGUCGCUGGGCCAGUUUGAGAUGGUCAACGGGCGGCAGAUGCCAUUCGACCAG